AACUACGACUAGUUGCGCAAUCAAGACUGACUCAUUCUCCCUCUCGCAGUAAAAACAAAAAAGCGCCAAGGGGGACGGUGGGACACUCGCUAUCACAUUUAAUCUUGAACAGACUUUUCUCGUAAUAGGCCAGUGCUUGAAGAAUACAGAAGUCUGCAACUGAGCCAAGGAAUGUACGCGUGUUAGUGUCAGAUACUCCGUGACAUGACAGCACAAAACGCUGCGUUUGCACAACGCUAGACUGUACUAACAAACAACACCACCACCUGUAUCUCUAUCAGUAUGGAUCAGAAGUUUAUAUAUCCGGUAACGGGGUUAAGUACCGAAAUUGGACUUGAGGAAAUACAAGGACUGAUGUCGCUGUGAUCAUCUUAUUUUAAAUACAGCACCACCGUCACACAAGAGGCCGGAUGGAUUUUAUUUUUAGCAUUAUCAUAGCUAUUUCCUGGAAAUUAGAAUUUCUGUUAUAAAUAAUAAUAAUAAUAAUAAUAAUAAUAAUAAUAAUAAUAAUAAUAAUAUGAAGGAACAUUGUGGUGGUCGGUUUGUGCUGCCUUGGCCAACCGGCCGUGCGUUCUGUCAGGACAAUAACAAAAAUAUUAUUAAUAAUAAUGAUAAUAACGUGAUCGACCUGGAGCGGGAGAAGAGAUGGGCCGAACUUUUCGACCAGCUGGACCUGAAUAAAGAUGGGCGAGUCGACGUCCACGAACUACGGCUAGGGCUGGCCGCCUGGGGAAUGUUACCAAGGCAUGACGCGGAGGAGCAGAUCCUGCGGGUAGGGGACACUAACCUGGACGGGCAGCUGGAUUUCGAGGAGUUCAGUCGGUACCUGCGGGAGCAUGAGAAGGAGCUCAGACUCAUGUUCCGAAGCCUGGACAAGAACAACGACGGAGAGAUCGAUGUGUCUGAGAUCCAGCAGUCUCUGCACAGUCUGGGGGUGUGUGUAUCCUACGUGGAGGCAGAGAAGAUACUGCUCAGUAUGGAUAAGGACGGGACGAUGACUGUAGACUGGAACGAGUGGAGAGACCACUUCCUGUUCAACCCCAUCACCAACAUGGAGGACAUCGCAUAUUACUGGAAACACUCUGUGGUCCUGGAUAUCGGGGAGUGUCUCACGGUCCCGGAUGAAUUUUCGGAGCAGGAGAAGCGCACAGGGAUGUGGUGGAAGCAGCUGGUGGCAGGGGGGAUGGCAGGAGUUGUGUCCAGAACUGGCACUGCUCCACUUGACCGACUCAAAGUGUUCUUGCAGGUUCACGGUUCGAGGGAUCGCAGCCUGCAUGUGCUGAGGGGUCUGCGGGGGAUGGUUGCGGAGGGGGGCUUACGCUCGCUGUGGCGGGGGAACGGAAUCAACGUUCUCAAAAUCGCACCCGAGUCCGCCAUCAAGUUCAUGGCCUACGAGCAGAUCAAGAGAGCGAUCAGAGGCAACGAGGGGACGCUGCGGGUGCAGGAGCGCUUUGUUGCGGGGUCCCUGGCAGGGGCCACAGCACAGACCAUCAUCUACCCCAUGGAGGUGUUGAAGACACGUCUGACCCUGCGUAAGACUGGCCAGUACUCUGGCAUGUGGGACUGUGCUCGACAGAUCCUGCGCAAAGAGGGGGUGCGGGCGUUCUAUAAGGGGUAUGUCCCCAACAUGCUGGGCAUCAUCCCCUACGCAGGCAUCGACCUGGCCGUGUAUGAGACCCUAAAGAAUGCCUGGCUUCAGAACUACAGCCACAACUCUCCUGACCCAGGGAUCCUGGUUCUGUUAGCCUGUGGAACGACCUCCAGUACCUGCGGACAGCUCGCAAGCUACCCCCUCGCACUGAUCCGCACCAGGAUGCAGGCGCAAGCCACAGUGGAGGGGGCACCCCAGCUCUCCAUGUUUGCUCUGUUCCAACACAUAGUCUCCAGAGAGGGGGUACCAGGGCUCUACAGGGGCAUUGCCCCCAACUUUAUGAAGGUCAUCCCAGCCGUCAGCAUCAGCUACGUGGUUUACGAGAACAUGAAGAGGGUGCUGGGGGUGGCCUCCAAGUGAAAGAGGAAACCGGCUCCAUUCAGGCUGCUGUUCGGUGGAGGAGCUGUGUGGGGAGCUAUAGGAGACCUGGAGCCAACAUGGCCAACACAGGGAGACAGUUUCUCAGCUUUAUCAAACCGAAGCGCACAACCACACUCAAUUUUUUUAGUAAAGAGUUAUUUAUUUUACUAUACUGGAAACAGUGAAUCAGUGAAGGGCUCUUAUACAUAAACCAUAGGACUUAAAGCACAGCUAUGACCAAAUGUUUUGCAUCACCUGGGAUUUUAGGAUUGAAGAAAUUAACAUAAUUUAGAUAUUGUAUUUAACAUUGUGUAGUCAAAGAAACUAGCGGGGAGCCGUAAUAGUAGUACAGUAUUUUGUGUUAGAUUUUGAAAUGUCACAUUUUUCAAUUUGUCCGUUUUUUGUUAAAUAUAUGGGCAAAGCGGUAUGUAAUUCAAUGUUAAUGUAACAUUAUUCAGCAGGAUUCAUUUUGACUUUAUCAAGCAAAAGUUAAUUAUAUAGGGUGAUGGAAAACUUUUGGUCAUAGCUGUAGAAUGUACUGUUAAUCAAACUAGUGAAAUAUGAACAAAAUGAUACUGAUUCACUGUAUAUACUGUAAAAAAAAAAUAUAUAUAUAUAUAUAUAUAUAUAUAUAUAUAUAUGUGUGUGUGUGUAAAAAUGGAUCCGAUUUGAUCUGCUCAGUUACAUUCGAUUUAUUGGACUGUGCUAUAUUUGAAAGUCCCUAACCACUCUGACCAAGAUGGAGGCUACGACUUGGAACUACAACUCCCAGCAUGCAACACCCCCAACAAAAAUAAUAAUGGGGAGAGGAAGCCAUAUUUGGCGGUUAAAAAAUGAACAUCUUGCCAAUCCUAAAGAGCCAGCUCUGCAGUGGAGAAGCAUGUGUCUUGCACUGGUUUAGUGUCAUUAACUCAUCAGCCACUAGGAGCAGAUCCUUAACGGUAUGUUUAUUUAUUUAUUUGUUGAUUUUGUUAAGUUCCAAACGGUGCAUUGUGUGAAAAACAAAUCUGGUGUCUACAGCAAAAAAAAUCUUCAAUGCUGCAAAAUCCUGACCAGACCCAGUGCAAAUUAACACAGAGACAGGCAUUAUUUCAUUGUCUCAGGUUUUGUGUGUAUAUGCAGUAUGUGUGUGUUGUAAUAGAGUGCUUGCAGCAUGUGUCCGGUUAGAAACAUGUUUCAAACCGGUGUGUGGCAAGAAUCAUGUGGGAAUAUGUAAAUAUCUAUUGAUUAUUCAAAUACAUUUCUAUCCUUAGCAAGCAUAUCAUGUAAUUCAUAUCAUGUACACACAGGUAAGACGUGUUUUCAAAUUUUUAAUAAGCAGCUGUGUUACUAUACUGUGAUUUACCACAAGGGGGAGCUGUUAAUUACAUUGGCAAAGUUUCUGUUUUUACAGUGACCACUAGGUGGGGAGCUCUCUGUUUAUGAUAUUCUUAAAUGCUAAUUUAAGACUCUUAAAUCAUGCAAUCACCCUUGAACUGUGUAUAGUUAGUUAUUAAUUAGGACUAGGUGACUUACUUAAAUGACUCACUGAAUACAAUUCAGAUACAGUGUAAGGGGAUCUGUGAUAGAGAAAUAUAAAUCCUAAAAGAAACUGAAAAGACUUUCUCAGUGUCCACAUGUUUCAAAUACAUUCGGUUUCUUUUAGUAUUUCUAAAUUCAGCACUAUUGAGUGUUUAGUAGUUAUGAAUGUGCUAGAUAUGAAUUCUACAGUGUGGCGGAAGCUCUCUGGCAUCACCCACUGGUCACUAGAGGAAUAGUGCACAGUGCUCUCAGAUCAUCACAGCUGCAUGAGGUAUUCUUGCUCAGGAUUUGGUCUCAUCUGGCCGUUGUCUCUGCCCCUUCUGCUUCUGCUGUGUCAGGGUUCAUAUCAGGGUUAAGAAAGCAGUAGACAAAGUCUUACAUGCUGUAGUGCUCUCUAGUGGUGCUGGCUUCUGUUCACUUUCCUAAAUGUUUAAACACAUUUAAACUACAAGACUGAAUGUGUACAGCAUUGCAUACUAUAUGGAAAAGACUGUGAAGAAAUACUUAAUAUUAAAUAAAUCGGCCUGGAUUGUAGAGAUACUGUUGUGUGUGAACAUAUGCUAAAAUAUAUAUUUCAAUGUUUUUAAACAUUUAUGAAAAAUGUUUUAGACUCAGAAGUAUGAACCUAGUUGUGUCCAGUAACACUCAGAUGCAGGUGAAGGUACUAGCCCAUACAUCACUAGCACAUGAAUCACUAGCAUAUAUAUCACUAGCACAUACAUUAUUAGCACAUGCAUUACUCGUACAUGCAUCACUAGCACAUAAAUUACAAGCACAUGCAUCACUAGCACAUGCAUCACUAGCACAUAUAUCACUAGCACAUAUAUCACUAGCAUAUAUAUCACUAGCACAUGCAUCACUAGCACAUGUAUUACUAGCACAUGCAUCAAUAGUACAUGUAUCACUAGCACAUGCAUCACUAGCACAUACAUCAGUAGCACAUACAUCAGUAGCACAUGCAUCCUUAGCACAUACAUCACUAGCACAUACAUUACUAGCACAUACAUUACUAGCACAUGCAUCACUACCACAUACAUCACAACCACAUACAUUACUAGCACAUACAUCACUAGCACAUACAUCACAACCACAUACAUUACUAGCACAUACAUCACUAGCACAUACAUCACUAGCACAUACAUUACUAGCACAUACAUCACUGGCACAUGCAUUAAGAACAUAAGAACAUAAGAAAGUUUACAAACGAGAGGAGGCCAUUCAGCCCAUCUUGCUUGUUUGGUUGUUAGUAUCUUAUUGAUCCCAGAAUCUCAUCAAGCAACUUCUUGAAGGAUCCCAGGGUGUCAGCUUCAACAACAUUACUGGGGAGUUGGUUCCAGACCCUCACAAUUCUCUGUGUUAAAAAGUGCCUCCUAUUUUCUGUUCUGAAUGCCCCUUCAUCUAAUCUCCAUUUAUGACCCCUGGUCCUUUUUUCUUUUUUCAAGUCAAAGAAGUCCCCCGGGUUGACAUUGUCUAUACCUUUUAGGAUUUUGAAUGUUUGAAUCAGAUCGCCACGUAGUCUUCUUUGUUCAAGACUGAAUAGAUUCAAUUCUUUUAGCCUGUCUGCAUACGACAUGCCUUUUAAACCCGGGAUAAUUCUGGUUGCUCUUCUUUGCACUCUUUCUAGAGCAGCAAUAUCCUUUUUGUAACGAGGUGACCAGAACUGAACACAGUAUUCUAGGUGAGGUCUUACUAAUUCAUUGUAACAUCACUUCCCUUGAUUUAAAUUCAACACUUCUCACAAUAUAUCCGAGCAUCUUGUUAGCCUUUUUUAUAGCUUCCCCACAUUGUCUAGAUGAAGACAUUUCUGAGUCAACAUAAACGCCUAGGUCUUUUUCAUAGUUCCCUUCUUCAAUUUCACUGUCUCCCAUAUGAUAUUUAUAAUGCACAUUUUUAUUGCCCGCAUGCAAUACUUUACACUUUUCUCUAUCAAAUUUCAUUUGCCAUGUGUCUGCCCAAUUUUGAAUGCCGUCUAGAUCAUUUUGAAUGACCUUUGCUGCUGCAACAGUGUUUGCCACUCCUCCUAUUUUUGUGUCGCCUGCAAAUUUAACGAGUUUGUUUACUAUACCAGAGUCUAAAUCAUUAAUGUAGAUUAGGAAUAGCAGAGGACCUAAUACUGAUCCCUGUGGUACACCACUGGUUACCUCACUGCAUUUCGAGGUUUCUCCUCUAAUCAGUACUUUCUGUUUUCUACCUGUUAACCACUCCCUAAUCCAUGUGCAUGCAUUUCCUUGAAUCCCUACUGCGUUCAGUUUGAGAAUUAAUCUUUUAUGCGGGACUUUGUCAAAAGCUUUCUGGAAAUCUAAAUAGACCAUGUCGUAUGCUUUGCAGUUAUCCAUUUUCAAUGUUGCAUCUUCAAAAAAGUCAAGUAGGUUAGUUAGACAUGAUCUCCCUUUCCUAAAACCAUGCUGGCUGUCUCCCAGGAUAUUGUUACCAUAUAGGUAAUUUUCCAUUUUGGAUCUUAUUAUAGUUUCCAUAAGUUUCCAUACAAUAGAAGUCAGGCUUACUGGUCUGUAGUUACCUGGUUCGGUUUUGUCUCCCUUUUUAUGGAUCGGUAUUACGUUUGCUAUUUUCCAGUCUGUCGGUACAACCCCUGUGUCAAGAGACUGUUGCAUGAUCUUGGUUAGCGGUUUGUAAAUUCUUUCAUUUCUUUGAGUACUAUUGGGAGGAUCUCAUCCGGCCCAGGGGAUUUGUUUAUUUUAAGAGCUCCUAGUCCCUUUAACACUUCUGCCUCUGUUAUGCUAAAGUUAUUUAAAAUUGGAUAGGAACAGGGCGACAUGUGGGGCAUGUUGUCUGUGUCCUCCUUUGUAAAAACCUGUGAAAGUAAUCAUUUAAUAUAUUUGCUAUUUUUUUUCUUCAUCUAUGAUUUUGCCAUUUGUGUCUCUUAGACAUUUAACCUCCUCUUUGAAUGUUCUCUUGCUGUUGGAAAAACAUUUUGGAAUUGGUUUUAGCCCCCUUAGCAAUAUUGAUUUCUAACUCUCUCUUGGCCUUUCUAACUUCCUUUUUGACUUGUGUUUGCAGUUCCAAGGACUCUUUCUGUGUGCUUUGUUUUUGGUCCCUUUUAAACGCUCUGUAAAGUGUCUUUUUUUGCUGAAUAUUUUUUUUAAUUGAUCUAUUAAACCAUUUUGGCCAUUUUGUUUUAGAUUUAGAUUUAGAUUUGUCUACUUUUGGGAUGUAAUUGUUUUGCGCCUCUAGUUAGGGUUGGACGAUAAUGACAUUUUCAGUUAUCAAUUAUCGGCUGUAAAUUAUCACGAUAAUCAUGAUUAUCGGCUGAAAAAAUAACAUGUAAAAUGUCUUGGAAUUUAUCAAAUUUAAAGCUAUAUAUACUUGAGCAAUAUGACAACUGCCUCUACGAGUUUAGAAGCAAUUUUCAAAAAGACCAGCAUCUUUAAUAAAAGUUAUGAAACAAUGGUUGGUUACAAAAAAGCACAAAUAAUAUAACCAAAUGUUUGUUUGGUAGCUUUUCAACUUUUGAAAUAUAAGCUACUUAAAAUUAAAAAAAGUGUUUAAAAAAAACCAAACAAAUUAUAAAUUGCGAUUCAAAAAUAUCAGUUGCUUACGUUGCGGGGUCACUAUCAAUCCACAUCCACUGAACAGCCUUUCAGACGAAACGCUCGUGGCUGGCAAACAGAUACUUGCAAGCUAACAUGGAAAGAUGUGGAAAUGACUGGGCAUGCAUCUACCACCAGUUUAGUGCAUCAACCUCUAUAGCACUUUCAGGUAAGCUGAGAUAACCGAGAAUCUCACGCUGAACAGCUUCUGACACAGACAGGUUUCUUGCAAGUACUUCAGGUUUUCUCGUCUUGAUUUUGACUGCCUGUUUCAAAAGUGAGGUUAAGCCUUCCUUGGUUUUCCUUUUUCUUGAGGUAAGCAAAGUGUGGGAGGUAAGCAAAGUGUGCACAGAUCACGUGUUGCGCCUCACGCAGACAGUUAAGUCCUGUCUUACUGCUUCAAUGCAGAGUUACUGUUACACACAAGCAUAUCAUAGUGGGUAACGGACGAUAAAAUGAUUAUCGAUAAUUAUUUUUCAAAGCAAUACAAUUAUCGAUGCAAAAACAUUAUCGAUAAUAUCACGAUAAUCGAUUAUUGUUGCAACCCUACCUCUAGUACUACAUUUUUAAAGAACAGCCAUCCUUUUUCUGUGGAUGUUUUCUCUAUUUUACUCCAAUCUGCUUCAGGUAGUCUCUGUUUCAUACCUUCAUAGUUUGCUUUUCUAAAAUUGUAAACCUUAGCUUUAGUCAUUACUUUUGGGGUUUUAAUCACUUCAAAUGAGACCAUGUUGUGGUCUGAGUUUGCCAAUGGCUCUCUGGGUCACCGGGUCGUCUCCUGUUAGUUCUAGGAGCCUGUCCACAUUCUCAGUGAUGUGCUUGACAGAGGCUCUGGAAGGCAGCACACUGUUGUAGUAAGGGGGUCCAAACUGCAAACUGAACUUGCUGUGUUUCUCAAUAUGGAGUCCCCAACAAUCAUGACCUCCUUCUUUUUUGCUGCCUGGCCAGCACUGUUUAUAGGGUCCUGGAUGUUGUUCCCUUCAUUCUCUUGAUGUUGGUUUUGGUCAUCUAAAUGUUGAAGUGGCUCAAAUUUGUUGGAUGUUUGGAUUUCUGGUGGUUGUGUUUGACGAAGUUUCUUUUUUUCCCUGCUUCUGCCUAUCUGAACCCAGCUGUUUCGACUCUCUUCCAUCUCCCUGGUGGCUUUCAGUCUGCUAGGGGUGCAGACUUCCAUGAAUUGUGGGUGUGCCAGCUCCUCAAGCUCCUGUUGCUGUCUCAUUUCCUGCAUCUCCAUUUCUAGCACACUUACUCGUCCUGGAUCGUGCUGCACUUUACACACACUUGGUUGAGCUAGGUUGGGUUUUCUCGGAUUUCCCACAUCAUGCAGUUGUCACAGUUUACUGGCUUGAAGACCAUGUUAAUUGUAUUUAUUUAUUUAUUUAUUUAUUUAUUGGAAGCUUAGUUAGCUUCUGCAGCUGUCAACCUUUCAAACUGCUUCUAACUGCUCUGUAUUUUUCCACGACUGUACUUCUCCCACGCUGUCGCAUCCACACGCUGUUGCAGGAAGAACUGCCUUGCUUUGUUGUGUUCUGUUUGCUGCUGGCUCCGCCCCUCUCCCAUUGAGGCAGCACCUUUACAUUGUACACUGUACACUGCACUGCUUGCUUCUUGCAUCUUACUUGGGUUUUAUCCCUGCGAGACAUGCAAGGCCAGUCUGCCUGUGGAGGACAAGCACAGCAGAUGCUCUUCCUGCAUGGGGCCGGAGCAUGCCAAGGAGGCACUGGUGAACCGCAGUUUCUGGGAGUUUUGUGCACCAUUCUGUAAGCGCAGGCUUGAGAAAUGUCUCUCCUGCAGUGCUACAGAGCGUUCUGCAUCCCUCAGUCCUGCACAACGCUCUUCCUCAUCACCCUGUUAGAGAGGUGGCUGCGUUUUCGCCCCAUAGCAUUGUGCCAAGGGAGACCAGAUGACAUAACCGGGAAAGUAGCCCACGCAGGAAACCAUCUUCAGUCUUUCUCAUCCACCUCUGCCUCGCCUUCUCCUCCCCCGAGGAAGAAUAAGAAGAAGAGUCACCAUUCCAAGCGAUCGGCAGACUCGGUGCAGAUGGAGAAAAUCUGGGCAGCUGUUUCCCACCAAGGUACGGUGCUUGCAGAGUUAGAACAUAAGAAAGUUUACAGACGAGAGGAGGCCAUUCAGCCCAUCUUGCUCGUCUGGUUGUUAGUAGCUUAUUGAUCCCAGAAUCUCAUCAAGCAGCUUCUUGAAGGAUCCCAGGAUGUCAGCUUCAACAACAUUACUGGGGAGUUCCAUACCCUCACAAUUCUCUGUGUAAAAAGUGCCUCCUAUUUUCUGUUCUGAAUGCCCCUUUAUCUAAUCUUCAUUUGUGACCCCUGGUCUUUGUUUCUUUUUUCAGGUCAAAAAAGUCCCCUGGGUCGACAUUGUCUAUACCUUUUAGAAUUUUGAAUGCUUGAAUCAGAUUACUGCGUAGUCUUCUUUGUUCAGGAUUAAAUAGAUUCAAUUCUUUUAGCCUGUCUGCAUACGACAUGCCUUUUAAACCCGGGAUAAUUCUGGUUGCUCUUCUUUGCACUCUUUCUAGAGCACUGCGUGAACGUUCUGCGCCGCCUGCCCCCUUUGGGUCCCAGGGGGCUACAAGCACAGAUUGGCCACAGAAGAACAUACUGUCCAUCGCCACCUCUGAGGAGGGGGGCGAACAGUUCCGUUGGAUGACGUGGAAUCUGACAGUACUUCCCUGACAGUUAUGCUUUCCCUAUCGGCAGAGCUUCUACCGCUGAUCAAGAAGGCCACUGCAAUCUUGCAAGUGCGCUGGCAGUCAAUUUUUGAGGACGAUCCUACCGCCUCUCCCGUAUCCCCCCCCCCCCCCCCCUUCACUCAGAUUUUCUUUUUGAGAUCCAGUCAUCCUGGAGUCAUCUGGCUACAGCUCCUGCUCUUCCCUGGUUGAUGGACAUCCUUUAUCAGGUGCAUGAUGCAGAGAAGCUGGGCCUGACCCAUUUUCCGCCGAUGGAGGCUUCAAUUUCCAUCUUUUCCACGCACCUAAUUUAGCACUCCUGUCCAAGGAUGCUGCUUGCCCUAACGAGCAGUGCCGGGUCUCGGAGGUGAUACGCAAGCGUGCCUAUGCAGCCAAUGCGUUCGUCACAUGGCUAGGCAAUUGUAAUAGCAUUAUGGUUGCCUACCAGUCCCAUUUGCGGAGGUCCCUUUCUGAGAGUCAAAGGCCCUCUCCACAACAGCUGGAUGAGCUGCGCCUGUUAAUAAGAACCUACUUCGGGCAGGCUGUAGGGAGGAACCUGGCUGCGCUGAUAGCUGCAUGCAGGCAGCUUGGCUUUCCCUGAAUUUACCUGACAAAGCACCGCUGUUGGAUGCCCCAAUUACACAAAGCACCCGCGGUGGAUGAGAUGCUGCAGCGCGUAGGUUCGCCUGCUGCCUAAAUGACCAUCUCCAGUGCGCAAACCAGCGGCAAACCGGAGGUGAAGUUCGGAACCGGCCUGCGGCUGCUCGCCCAGAGGCUUUAAUAAGUUCCACUGCCCAGCGCAGCGACAGAAGCCUCAGGCCAAGCCACAAGCUGAGCAGCAGCCCUAGAAGUUUUCAGGGGGCCAUUUGGAGUACUGGCGUCAGUGCACCGCGGACAUCUAGGGUGACUUCCAUUCAAACCAGCUACUCACUGCAGUUCAAGAACAGUCCCCCUCCCUUUCGGGGCAUGACUCCAACAUCAGUCACAGACCCACAGGACGCUACAAUGGUGUCUCAGGAGGUAGCAGCUCUGUGUAUUCGUAUGGUACACUCCCUCCAGUUGGAGGACGGGUUCUAUCCAGGUACUUCCUAGUGCCCAAAUGGGAUGGUGGCCUCAGACCAAUCCUCGACCUCAGACAAGUCAACCUUAUCUGAGCUGAAGGAGGUUCCAAAUGUUGAUGAUGCAACAGUUGUUGCAGUCAAUCAGGCCAGGUGACUGGUUAACCAAGGUGGACCUCAAGAACACCUGUUUCCACAUCCCCAUAAAACCAGUGCACAGGAAGUACCUACGGGUCGCCUUUCAGGGAACAGCGUCCCUUUCUUGCCAUUUUGGCUUCUCCCUAACUCUCCAUGACUUCUCCAGAAGUGCUUGGAAGCUAUCCUGGCCCAUUGAGACUCAAAGGCAUCAGUGCUCAGUUAUCUGGACAACUGGCUCAUUUUUGCCCAGUCUUCAGCUCAGGCAGAGGCCCACACGGAACUUGUCACCGGCCAUCUUUGCCGGUUGGGCCUUAUGGUGAAUCAGGCGAAGAGCCAGCUCACGCCUUCUCAGACAGCCUGCUAUCUAGGAGUGUGCUUGGACUCCAGGUCCAUGCUGUCCACUCUGUUGGACGGCAGUGCAGAGAAUCAGAGAAUAGCCACCUGUUUAGAGCUCUUUCAGCUCAACAGAGCGCUCAUGGUAGUGACGUUCCAGAGACUUGUGGGCUUGAUGGCAGCAGCUUCUCAGACCUUUACAUUGGGACUCCUGCACAUGCGCCCUUCUGCAGGCCUGGUUCACAGCAGGGUUUUUUAGGUUGUUCGAGGGAGACGCGUGCUUGUCUGUACGGACAAUACAACAGUGGUGGCGUACAUAAACCACCAUGGCGGACUCAGAUCUCCCAGGCUCCUUCGCGUGCGCCACAGGCUUUUGCUGUGGAAAAAACCUCCUCUCACUGCGGGUGACAAACUGGGCAGCGGACCUCCUCUCUAGGUCAGUUCCCAGCACCUCAGAGUGAAGGCUCCACCCCUAGGUGGUGAGCCUCAUCUGGGAGAGGUUCGGGACAGCAGAGAUGGCUUUGGUAUACUCACCCAUUAGGUAAUGGUUACAAUUAGUACUUGAUAGGGAACGUUAGGUUAUUACCAUAACUCUGGUUCCGUCAAAUAGGAGAGUAACCAUUAACCUGCAAGGUCUGCGUCCAUGAUUGCAGUUAAACAUUUUUUUUUGUAUUUAUCACUAAAUAAAUAUCAAAUAAUUUGAGGUAUUGACUUGAUUUCAAAUCCUGAGCAAGAAACAAACUUUAGAUUUUAAAAUAAAAAAUGAUAGCCUUUUUUUUUAACAUAAACAAUAUGUAAAUCUACUGUAUUUAAGAAAGUAACUACUGAAUGUAAUUUAAUAUAUUAUUACUACUAUGAAGAUUAUGAUAAAUGUGAUUGUGUUAUUUAUGUAAGCAUGAUAUGACCUUGGUUGGUGUAAUGAUAUAUAGAGGGAGAGAGAUUUGAAGCCUCUAGCUGCAUGCUGCAUACAAUCUUAAUGUGAUCAGUGACGCUCUACAAGGGAAUCUUCAUUUAUUCAGAGGUGUAAAAAAUUGUUUGGAAUGCAAGCUUUUUUAUUUUACUUUUUCUUGCUUUCUUUUUUCUUUCUCAUGUGUUCCCUCUUUUCUUCCUUUGUUCUUUUUGUCUUUCUCACUCUGUUCUAAAAUGUAUUAGGUUCAUUGGGGUGAAAUGUCAAUCUUUGAAUGUGAAUGCACUACCCUCUGUAUGUAUUGUUUUCAGGCAUUUCAACCUUGCAAUAAAAUGUUUUAAAACUUGAGCACUAUGGAAAAGCUGCUCCUGACCGCUUUGUGAAAGCUCUGAAUGGCUGUAGCACUCUGUAGCGUGUUGUUGGCAUGAGUGUUUUAUAAUUAUGUAAUGUCCUGCUGAUAGUCACAGUUUUUAAAUAAAGCUUUUUUUCCCUUAAA